AAACCUACAAACUGGAUGACGCUAGAGUCGGUGGUGCGGCCAUGGAGUACUACGCCAUUUUCAUACCAAACAACACGUCCAACUUCGCUAUUAAAAGCUUUUACAAUGAUAAAAUUGAAGCGCUGGCUGCUUUGAAGCUGCACAAAGAUGCACGUAUGAAGGCGUUCUCGUCGAGCGAAGAGGCGGUUUACUUUUACCUCCACGGGCCAUCGGAAACAGCAGCAGCGGGGGUCGGUGGUGGUGCUGCAUCAGGUAAAGCAAGUUUAUCACCCGGUAGUCCGAUACCGUCCGCCGACCGGAAAGUUCCCAAAUCUCCCUUCGUUGGACCGUCGAGCCAGAAGCUGGUGGCGUUCCGGAAGCUUAUCGAAGCGAACAACAUCGACGAGGUGCGCACAAUGAUACAGCAAAAUCCGCGCUAUCUAAUCAGUUCCGGUGACACUCCGACCAUCCUGAAGGAGGGACCCCGCUACAACGCCCUACACAUAACUGCCAUCGAAGGACGGAGUGACAUUUGUCGGCUAAUACUGCAAACGAUCGAAAACCCUUCCUAUAUCGAGCUGCUGCACGGGCAGCGUACAUCCUCCACCGAGGAGGUCACCGCCAUACUGCUCGACCUGUACCUCAAUACACCGGACAAGUGCCGGAACGAGACGCCACUCCAUUUCGCGGCCAAACUCGGCUGGGUUUCGGUGGUAAGGGAGCUGAUUGCAUUCCCCCAGUGUUUGGUAAAGCCGAACGCGGACGGCCUGUACCCAAGAGAAAUUAUCUGCAGCCGGGCAAAGCCGGUUAACAAUACGCCCGAGGUGCGAGAAGCGAUUGGUGCGCUUUUGCAGGAAAACUACUUUGUGCCGGUGCUACGGACGGAGGACAACAGUUUGCCACCGAUCGUGGGCGAACCGUUUUCACCAACCGAUUUGCACAAGCUGCGCGAACCGAUGGACAAAUUGACGGCCCGGCGGGAAAUUAAAGCGUAUGCCGGUCCGAUGGAUUACGAGAAGGCGCAACGGUUCUGUAAGCGAUGGAAAACACCGCCCCGGUUGCGAAUUGUCGGUGGGAGCCAGGUACGGAGUGAGGGUAAGUUGGCGGAGAUGCGGAAAUGUUCGACACCGAUUAAGGCGGCCGCACGGCGUUUGUUUGCGAAUCGAUCGUUCGAUGGAAGGUUGGAGGAGGGUGCGGGAAGCGGCGAUGGGCAGAAAAUGCGCAAUUUGAACAACAAUACGCUGCUCGAUUCGAGUCUGGACGAAAGUAUCGUGGAAUCGUUGGAGGAAAAGCUGAUCCCCGACGAUAAUGGCAAUCACGUGCGCAUGCAUCCGGUACCGUACACACCGAACCGGUUGUUCUUUUCCUACCGUAGCCAUCUAGCGAACAGCAGCUUCGACACGGACGGUUCGUACUGUGACAAUGACCUGGACGAUGGCAACAUUAGCUACGUGUGCGACGAAACGCAAACACUCUACGGGAAGUCAAACGUCACGGAAUCGCCAUCUUUUAAGGAACGAUCCAUACGGCUCACCGAUCAAACGAAAGGGAUCGAAACGAUAGGCCGGAUGUUGGCGAAAAAGGAGCAGGUCGCAUGGAUAGAGUAUUGGAAGUUUUUGGGCGCGUUCUGCAAUGUGGAGGACCCGCAGGGACUAUCCCUCCUGGAACAGUAUCUAGCGCAAAAGAGGCAACGGCUAGCGGUGGAUGGUGGUGGAGGUGGAGAAACGGACAUUCCGCGGGAGGAAAGUGUUGAUGCGGAAAGCCCGGACCCAAAGGAACGUUCCUUUAACGACGAACUGAACAUGAUCUGUGAAUCAACGGAAAAGAUGAGCUUAAACAUGGCUAACGAGCUGCUGCAACCAACGGCCGUUUCAAAUCCGUACCGUUGUCUGCUCAAUUCGUUGCACGUGUUCGGCAAACGGUUGGUGAACAAUAUUCUUAAACCGAACGCAAAAAUGCGCCUCGCUGAAACGUUCCAGGGGCAGAUCCGGCAGUUGGAAAAGCUGCUCGAGAACUAUCGCAACGAUGGUGCCUUUCGGAAGAUUAAUUUUUCCAAAGUUCACGCACUGUUUGCGUACUUGAUCGUUACGAAUGUGGCACAGAAUUGGACCACCCGUGGUGGAGAGGAACCAGCGUCCAGCGUGUGGAAGUUUUUGCACGCUGGUGGUGACGACGAUUCGCUAAACGAACCGGCCAAAUGUGUCGUCAAGCUGCUGGUACAGUUUUCUGGCGAUCGAACAAUUUUGAAUGCAACGGUCGAUUUUGGAAAUCUGGAUGAGAUGGAGUUGAAUGCGUUGUGGGAGAGCAACGGUUACAUUGUACCGUGCGGAUGCCGUACUGAGACUUCCACAGCGCAACAUCAUGCCGGCAAAGGCAUACUGGAGCGAAUGAACAAGCGGCGCGAAAAACGUGCCUACCGUACCAGCACUUCCUCAUCAUCAACGGUGCCAGCGACCGAGCUGGUGGUUGACUUCCACACGUACCGUAGUACCGGUCGAUCCGGGAAGGAGGAGGGAUCGGCAGCGGUGCAACUUAACGGUUCCGGUGAAGAGGACGAACGAUACUACAGUUGUAGCGAUUCGGAGUACGAGCAGGAUGAUGAUACAUUCUUUACGCCACCUUCCAGCCCGAAAGCACUACUGCGCCGGAAGCAGCAGGAUGACCAGAACGGAAACCAAAGUCCGGUGGAAACAGCAGCGAGCAGCGAUGAAGUUCCGAUGAAUGGAUUGUUGGAACAGCGGAGCAUGGAGGAGGAUGAAAAUUACGCUACCUUCCUGGCUGGUUCAUUACCAACGCAGGACGACUUUGACGUGUGGAACGUGUUAAAAAUGGUCGACGUUGAUCCGCAAACCUAUCCGCACGUAUACGAGUGGAAGUGUGCGAUGAUGCAGUACAGUUUGUAG